UCCCUCACUCACCUUUUCAUCAGUUACCCUCUCACUUUGUUGGCGUCUGUUAACAAACAUCGCUACUGUCUCCAAACACACUCCCAAACAGCACACAAACAAACCCGAUAUUAUUCCAUCACCUCACUCACUGUCCAAACCCUAAUCUUUUUUCACUAUUCUUUUGCUGUCACGCUGACUGACCCAACUCCUCCUUUCAUUAAAACUUCAUAAAAAAGGAACCCUUUUUAGCACACCCACAUGAAAUUAUCGCCUGUUCAGCUCAGGGUUCUUGUGCUCAAUAUCAUUGAUUCAACUGGCAAGUAAAAAGUUUCAAUCUUUUUGUGGUAUCUUUAAGUUUUUGGUGAAUCUCUGAGUACCCAUUUGGUUGAUAGUUUAGAGUGUUGUGUUUAUUGGCAAGUGGGGUUUAGAGGGGGGAAAUCUUGGGAGUUGGGUGGAUUUGUGUGAGAGAGAGAGAGAGAGAGAGAAAAAAAAGCAGUUAUGUUGACUGCUGAUAAUGAGAUUGGUGAGGAUCAGAAGGAGAUUGGUGCUCCCAAGUCUCCAUGGAAGACACCUACUACUGUUGAUGGGAAGGGAGGAGGUGAUGUGUCUGUGAUGAUGGGGACUGAGUCUUGGCCACGUCUCUCUGAUGCACAAAGACCACUCAAGAAUCUCGAGACUGCUGCUGCUUCUGUGUCAAGUGCUGGUGAGAUUGCUUCUAGGCCUUCUUCUAUGCAGAAGGUGAAUGGUGCUGGAAACGUUAACCCAAUGCAUAAGCUGCCAUCAUCACGUCAUCAAAAGCCGGGUGCUAAGCGCAACUCAAAUGGUGCACCUCCCUUUCCAAUACCAAUUCAUUAUCAUCAGCCAGUUCCUCCAUUUUUUCAUCCUAUGGUACCGCCUCCGCACAUUGCUGUUCCUGGUUAUGCUUUCCCACCUGGUCCAGGACCUUUUCCGGGUGUAGAAAACCCUUUAGCGAAGCCUGUUUCUCCAGCUCCUGGACAAGCUUUUGCUCCACCUGCUCAUGCUGUUGAUGGCAAAAAUGUUCAGCCUCCGGUGCAAGGAGAUCCAAAUGCUUAUGUUGGCAAUUUUUCUAACGGAAGACCAAAUAUCCAAGAACAAGGUGACCAUCUAAAUCAUGCUUGGCAUCAUCAAAGACCUUUUCCUUCCAGAGCAAACAUUCCUAUGCAACAGGGUUUGGGCCCAAGGCCAUUUAUACGACCUCCAUUUUAUGGUCCACCUCCAGGGUACAUGGUUGGUCCAAGCUUCCCAGGACCUGCACCUGUUUGGUGUGUCCCCAUGCCACCUCCUGGCUCCAUUAGAGGACCCCAUCCUAGGCACUUUGUCCCAUAUCCUGUCAACCCCACACCUCAGCCACUGCCUCCAGAAACUGUACCAUUGAGGACUAGUAUUGUAAAACAGAUAGACUAUUAUUUUAGUGAUGAAAAUCUGCAGAAUGACCAUUACCUUAUUUCCUUGAUGGAUGACCAAGGAUGGGUUCCCAUAUCCACUGUUGCUGAUUUUAAAAGGGUCAAGAAGAUGAGCACAGACAUAGCUUUUAUCCUUGAUGCACUUCAGAGCUCUAAUACUGUUGAAGUGGAGGGUGACAAAAUACGGAAACACAAUAGUUGGUCGAAAUGGAUUCGAAUUUCCUCAGGAAAUUCAGAAUCAUCAACAGAUCAGAUUCAACAGGGCGAACUUGUAGAUGGUGCUGUCAAUUCUCUUGAGAAUAGUGAUGCUGUUGGAGAUAAGACAAAGGAGACUUCCGAAGAAAAUGAUAAAGAUGCUGUUCAUGACUCAAUUUUGGCAGAGCAUAAUCAGCCAAACAAGGAUAUGUUACAAAUUUCAUAUAUGGACCAAGAAAAAAAUACUGAGAGCCAUCAUUCUAAUGAUAAAUCACAUGAAGGUGUCAAAUUCUGUGAUUUUGACACAGCUAAUAAUAAUUUAUGUAGCCAACAAGAAACUGAGCCCAAAAUAUUUGACAAUAAUGAAGCUGGAAACAUGGAUGUAUUGAAUGAAAUGGAUGUCCGAGACCUUUCCAAUGAUUUUGCCAAUACUUUUAUGCUCGAUGAAGAGAUAGAGCUUGAGCAAAAGAUGCUAAUAAGGAAGACUGAACUUUCUUCUAGUGGAAGGAAUGAUGAUGAAGAUGAUGAGAUGGCUGUCAUUGAGCAGGAUGUUCAGAGACUAGUAAUUGUCACCCAGAAUGGUGAUCCUAAACAAGGAUCUAGAGGUGGUGUUAAAGAAUCAAUAUCCAUCUCCAAUGAGCUUGCUUCUGCAAUAAAUGAUGGGCUUUACUUCUACGAGCAGGAACUGAAACAUAGGCGGUCUAAUCGUAGAAAGAAUAACUCUGAUAGCAGAGAUCGAAACAUAAAAUCUCCAAGCCAUAAUUCAGGUGCAUCAAAUAUAAAGGUGUUUGAGAGUAUUGGUGGAAACAGUGUCGAAGAGUCUGGAAGCAAUAAUUCUCGAAGGAAACAUAAAGUUUUUCACAAGCAACCAUCGUCCCUUAAGCAGCGGUUUUUCUCAAGUAAUUUUAAAAAUCACGGAACUGGUCGAAACUCUAACGGAAUCAUAUCUGAAAGCCCGCCUAGUAAUUCGGUUGGGUUUUUCUUUGCUUCUACGCCUCCUGAAAAUCAUGGUUUCAAGCCUUCCAAAUUGAGCAGUUCACCACAUGGGGGCCUUUCUGGUAGUUCACCACAUGGGGUUUUUUCUGGUAGUCCACAUGGGGUUUUUUCUGGUAGUCCACAUGGGGGGUUUUCUGGUAGUCCACCUGUGGGUUCAAUGCCAAAGUCUUUUCCACCGUUUCAGCAUCCAAGUCACCAACUUUUAGAAGAAAAUGGUUUCAAACAACAGAAGUACUUGAAGUAUCACAAACGGUGCUUGAAUGAUAGAAAGAAACUUGGAAUUGGUUGCAGUGAGGAAAUGAAUACAUUAUACAGAUUCUGGUCCUAUUUUCUUCGAGACAUGUUUGUGCCUUCUAUGUAUAAUGAAUUUAAGAAAUUAGCUAAGGAAGAUGCUGCGGCUAAUUAUAAUUAUGGUAUAGAGUGCCUUUUCAGAUUCUACAGUUAUGGUUUGGAGAAGGAAUUUAGAGAUGAUUUAUACAAGGAUUUUGAACAAACAACUCUGGAUUUCUACCAUAAGGGCAAUCUGUAUGGCCUGGAAAAAUAUUGGGCAUUUCACCACUAUCGCAAGGUCCGGGGCCAAAAAGAACCAUUGAAUAAACACCCUGAACUGGACAGGUUGCUUCGAGAAGAGUAUCGUAGUUUAGAGGAUUUCCGUGCCAAAGAGAAGAAUGUGGUAAAAGAGUACUUCAAUUAAGUUGAGUGAUAUGGCCAAAUGGUAAAUACAUAUGGCAGAGUUUUGAUGGCAUCCCCAAUUUUGAUGAGAACUCUAACAACAUAACAAUACGAGUUGUGGAGUAGCGGCCUACUUUUUGGUUUGAAUGGAAAGAAGAAAGAUUGUUUGUUUGUUCUCUAUAUUUGGUUGAAUUGAUUAUGCCUCAUCAAGAGGAUUGCUGAUUGCCAAGUCUUUUCAGGUUUCUUUGAUGGAUCAUUCUAUAUGGUAUACACCACUGCAUCCUUUCUUUGGUGGAUCUUGCAGAUUUUGGGAGACACAUUUUCCUGGUUCCAAAUGUUGUACAUAAGAUGAUAGACUAGAAGUUGUGACAUUACAUCAUAAGAAAAAGAGGUUAUUGUUUUUAUUUUUGGUGGGGGUGAAAAGGGGGGUUGCACUUAAAUCUUUUGCCAAAUUUGAACAGUAAGAGUGAGAGUCUUCUUACUUUGUAACUUGGCGUGCUCAUUUAAUUUAUAUCUAACAAUUCUUGUCUCACCAAA